AUUAUUAUUCAUCGGAGGAGUGUUUUUUUAUAUUUAUAUUAAGUUAUGUGUCACAAAUUUCUAUUGUGAAUAACUUGACGAAGAAGAAUGCGGAUAAUAAAAACAAAACAAAAUAUAUUUAGUUGUCCAGAAUAGUUUUGCGUGAAAUAAGAUUUAAUUGCAAUUUGCAUAUAUAAAAGAAUUAAAAUGGUAGUGUCUGAUGAGAAUAUGAAAUUUAAAUUACUAACGGAAAAAUUAAAUCAGAAAUGCGUGGAGAUACAAACGGAAAAUGAGCGAAUUGUUUUAAGAAUUAAUAAGACGCGCAGGAUUUUAAGAAAAAAGCAACGGGAUAUAGAGCUACUAAAGCGUCGCCUUGAUAAAUUCAACGAUGGUUGGCGCUCGAUACCAAUGGUUGCAGCGAACCCAAAGAGAAAAAUUGAGCAAAAACGCGGUCGAAAACCUAAGGUGAAGGAUACUGAAGAAAAGCAGCCAAAGGAAAAAAAACAGCGUGCAAAAAAACUUGCAGUUGAGUCUAUUAAUAAGGAUGUAGUUGCAAACACGGCCAAAUUCCAAACUCCCGAUAGAAGUCUCGGUGAAUACAUAAAAUUACCUUUUCCAGACGGAAAUGACGUCCAAAAUUAAAACAAUGAUUGGCUGUUUUAUUU